AUGUCUUCCUUGGUAGCAAGAAGUCUCGGGUCUAUUGUCUCUAUCAUUACAAGAAUUUUCUCCUUUCGACUCCGCCGUCCCGAGCCUAGUCCAAAACACAUAACACAUAUAAGCUAUUUCAGGAUGUCUAAGAGACGUCCACUCUCUUUGCAGACGGUCGAACUCAAGGUCAGAAUGUGUUGCAAUGGUUGCGUAAGGAUCGUUAGGAACGCAAUCUCUAAGCUCCGAGGAGUUGACUCAAUGGAGGUGGAUCAAGAGAUGGGAAGAGUGAGAGUGGUUGGUUACGUCGACAGAAACAAAAUACUGAAAGCCGUAAGACGAGCCGGGAAGAGAGCUGAGUUUUCGCCAUACCCUGAGCCUCCACUUUACUUCACAUCUACUCAAAACUAUUUCGUAGAUCCUUCGAAAGAGUUUAAAGAGAGCUAUAAUUAUUAUAGACAUGGCUACAAUGGUACGGAGCAACAUGGUAAUAUCCCCGUAGGUUGUCGUGGAGACGACAGGGUUAGUAAUAUGUUUAAUGACGAUAACGUCAAUGCCUGCCGUCUCAUGUAA